AUGCCCUCUGCCGACGCUCGUUCCGAAGCCCGUGUCUCGAACUACACCAAGUUCUGGAAGAAGGACUCCGCCCAGGAUGGCGAGUCUGACCGCGAGAACCGUCUCUCGCAGUACACCGACCUCGUCAACGGUUACUACGACGGUGCUACCGAGCUGUACGAGUACGGCUGGGCCCAGUCGUUCCACUUUUGUCGCUUCUACAAGGGAGAGGCCUUCCUCCAGGCUCUUGCCCGCCACGAGCAUUACCUCGCGUCGAUGAUGGGCCUUCGUCCCGGCAUGCGCGUGCUUGACGUUGGUUGCGGUGUUGGUGGCCCUGCUCGCGAGAUUACCCGCUUCACCGAUGCCAAGAUUGUCGGCAUCAACAACAACGAGUUCCAGGUUGGCCGCGCUCGCCAGAAGACCGCCAAGGCCGGUCUCUCGGACAACCUCUCGUUCGUCAAGGGCAACUUCAUGGAGCUCGAGAAGCAGUUCGGUGCGAACAGCUUUGACGCUGUUUACGCCAUCGAGGCCACCUGCCACGCCCCCACCUUUGAGGGUGUUUACGGAGAGAUCUUCAAGGUCCUCAAGCCCGGAGGCACUGUCGGUGACGGUAUCGCCGAGAUGCGCACUAUCCACGCCGCUCGCAAGGCUCUGAAGGCUGUUGGCUUUGAGAUCGAGCACGAGGAGGACCUCGCUGCCCGCGAUGACGGCCCCGCCUGGUACUACCCCCUUGAGGGCGACGUCUUCAAGGCCCAGACCCUCUGGGACGUUUUCACGGUCCUGCGCACGACCACUGUCGGCAAGUUCUUCACCCAGAACACCGUGUGGGGUCUCGAGAAGAUUGGUCUCGUUCCCAAGGGAACCUACGACGUUGGAGAGUCCCUCAAGGUUGCCGGUGACGCCCUCGUUGCCGGCGGCAAGACGAAGCUUUUCACUCCCAUGAUGCUCUUUGUUUGCAAGAAGCCUCAGUAG